AGGUGAACAAGUGAUGUAAUAUUGAGUGACUCGGCCGCUGCAAGGUCAAAAAACACCCAUGCCGAGAAGAAAACAACGCACGACUUCCCCGAUUUUCACCAGAUGGGUAGGAUGGUGAAAAGAGCAACAGGAGCAAUAGGACGAAGGCCUCCCGCCUGUACAGAAUCCAGGCGCACUCAAGUGGGUCAUCCUGUCUUGCGAAUCGCCAUUGUGUGUGCACCCACCUUGUUUUCUACUGCUGCAAAUGGCGCUCGUAGUACUAGUAAAACAAGCACAGCGUCAACGUCCAAAAUUUCUGCUGCGGGUGCGUCGAAAAGCAAAACGUCGGGAUACGAUAUAGUGAACGGAGAGGGUGAGGACUCCGAGGAAAGCCAAAAUGCGGGAGUCCCGGAUUGCCGAUGCGAUUGCUGUAAUGUAGAGCGUGCUGCGGAAAACGCCGCUUUGUUGUCUUAAGGUUGAUGGUUUCUUGGCUCUUUGAUACUGAUGAACUUUUGAAUGAUUUGCGCUGUGAUGUUGAUAAGUUACCUCCGUGGAGUCCACGUAAAGCGGAGAGAUAUCGAGGUUCUCAGAACAAGUUGAUAGAUUUAGAUUUUCUGUUCCAUCAUAACCAAGAACGUGGUCUACCGCUAACUCUCCAAGCAACUGGACGGUCGACCAGGCGAAAGCGAUGUGAUCGAGAUUGAGUGCGACGCGAGGGUUAUCACACCGGCUGAUGUCAAGGAGGCGAAAUAUUUUCUACAGAAAAAGCGCAUUUCAUCAUGCCGUCAAUCCAAAUGCUUGCCUCCAGCAGGAGACCUGAUUCUAGAUGCCGGGGAAGCAGCGCUGUUGGACUUGGCAAGGUACGACAUGGAUAUGUGGAAAAUGGGUAUUCUAUCUUGAAAAUGAAUGACUUGCAGUAGUUUCAACAGCAAGCUACUUAAUUGAAUCAACAUACAGCUACCAAAAUAACUUACUUCCUAGUUGUUCAAGCAUUACUAUUCUUAUGCUGCUACAAAUUCAGCACCUACAACUCAGCAACAACUCAGCACCCACCUCAAGAACGUUCGAAUCAAUUACUUAGGUUUUGUCGCGCCGAAUGUGAACCCGCGGAGGCCAAGCAGGGAGGAGAGUGCAAGCGACGGCUGAAUUCAGAACGUAGCGCACACCAGAGGGCAUUUGUGCAUUUCGCUGCGAAGCGAAAAGCUGCGAAAGAAGGAGUUUCUCUAGUAUCCCAAGAAAGGAAGAAUGAGCAACGCACAGCUGCUUCUUAGGGAUGGUUUUCUAUUUCAUAAUUGAACGUUAUCGCUUCGCAUUCUCCUACUCUUUCCAUGAUCUUUCUUGUGCUUGCUGAAGAUAGCAAAGAACUUCCACUUUCAAUUUUCAUUUUGAUUUGAAGAAAGUUGAAACUACAAUUCAAAAGAAACACAAAUAACAGUUUCUAUAGACCUACAACUUCAGGAUCUUGUUGUCUGCUUGUGUGCUCCUUGCACUUGCACAUAAUAUCUGAGCCUUCUGCUCGUCCACCCAACACGACCACCUCUACCUCUUCUAAUGUUCCACACAAGCUUCUAGCGCAUUUACGAAAGCGCUCGAAGGCUUGCUAGAGAAAGGCAAGGCCGUGGCCCAGAACGCUGAGCGACUGGAGCAACAGACUGUGGCUGCUGAGCAGCGUGCGAAGAAGGACGCGGCGCUUGUUGAGGCUGCCCGUGAGAAGAAUCGCGAAGCAGCGGAGUCGAGUCUUCCUGCGUUACUCCUAGAAGUUCAAAACGCACAGGUGGGUGCAGGGAGGGCCGUGCGCGAAGUCCGCAAACUGUCAACUGCCGUUUCGGAGGCCGCGGAGGAGGCGGCAGCAGACCAAGUCACCGGUACUUUAGAGGACGUUGAUUAUGGUAUAAAAAGAAAUACACAUUUGGAUAUGGAUUGAUAGAUACAUAGGGAAACGGAAAGGGUGGAUAGGUUUGGUCCCAAUCUUCAGAUAUACCUGAUAGAUAAGGACGAUUUUACGAGUGUAUCCUGGUGCAAAGGGCCGUAAGAAGAUCAACGUGAGCAUAUUAUGCAGAACUACUGAAGUACAUGCAAGUCCACCAACGACCAUGCGCAUUUGAUCCCGUAGUUUCCGAUUGUCAUCUCUAAUUUUGAGCCCAGUCAUUGCGAGAGGAGAAGAAAACCGCGGAGGAGAAGGCGGCGAAAACCAAAGACGAGAUGGUAGGUAAAGCUGCUGCGGAAGGUGACAAAGCAUCGCAGGCGUAUGUAGAUGCGCAAACUCGAGCAGCCGACCGAGCAGCUGAAUAUCAAAAGCGCGGAGAUGAAUUUGCUGCGCUUAGCAACCAAUGGCAGCAGGAGUCAAGUAUUAUUCGAAAACUCAAAAUAACCGAGUUACUGACUGAAAUAAGGGAGGCACUAGCUUAUAGCGUCAAGGCUACUCUUCCUUCUCAUCAGUAUCUCGGUUAUUCUGAUCAGUUACUUGCUUAUUUCAGUUUUUCGAAUAAUUGGAAUCCUGCUCAGAUGCUUCGGACAAUGUUGAUGUUCAUGUCGAUGUCACACGACUAGAUGUAGAAAAAUUUGAACUUACUUGGACAUAGUUUUGUUUUGAUGAAAUUUUGUCUUAAUAUUCUCGAGAUUCUUCUUCUAACUAUAUCUUUUUUAUCUUCGUCACCAUCUUUGUGGUUCAACUUCAACAUGCGCACACAUUCAUCUUGAUAUUUUCCUGAUGUUUCACAGCUCUAGCGGUGAACAACGCGAAUCAGCUAUCACUACUGGGGAAGACGUAUGAAGCGGAGAGGCAAAUGGCACAUGCGAAGUUCAUGAUGGAGCAAGCGGGAGGCCUCACUGGCACAGCGCAGAAUCUAUAGUAAGGCUUGUAGUUUUUUUUUAUAUUGAGUGAAGAUUUUUCAUUGUUCAUCGUAGGACGAGUAGUUUAUUGUUCAUCAAGUUGAGCAUGCUAUGCUAUAUUGUGAUUGUUUAUUCAUCGUCCAAAAUCCGAUAGUUAUUUUGCAGAUGAUACAAGUGUUUUUAAGACUAGAACAGUUAAAAGUUGUUUUGAGUAUGAAUUCCCACUUCUAAUUCUUCGAAGUCGCAGAAAGAAUCACGGAGUCUCUGCCACUUUAUGCGGCUCAAGCGUCGGCGGCGAACUACCAUGCACAGUUUAUGCUGAAUCCCGACGUGCCGGCCCCGCGACCGCCGAUCAUCUGAAGGAGGUAUUGACGGGAAUCUAGGGGGGUCGGAAAUGUAGAAGUUACAACGGUGUUGUAGAGAGAGAUCAGUUGUUUCUACAGAUUUUUGUGUAGUUUCUUGGACAGAUGCUAGUGGAUACUGCACAGAGGACGCAGGGAUUUGUAUCAAGGAUAUGCUGAAGUUUUGCAGAGAUAGAAGUAGCCAGUCGACUUCGAUCCUCUAGUUCUCCUGUGUGAUAUCCAGGAUACGCAUUGCUAGGCAUUGUAGUUUUGAAAUUGCGCGUGUUUCUGUUUGCCGAUUCAGCUACAAGAAGUCAAUGGACCUUCAAGAAGUCCAUCUUGGGUGAAAGUCAAAACAUAAGCGCAAAGAUAGCCAGGACGAGUAAGUAAGCCAGCGAAGGACUCAGUGUGAGUCUGAGGCAUUUGGAACGGAG